AACUGGGGGAAAACUUACAAAGCUGCAGAAAAAAUUGGCAGACAAGAAGGUUCCAAAGUCUGGGUCAUCAACGAGUCCGUUCAGAUCGACAAUAAAGGUGACAUUGUCCCAGAGGAAGACAAGGAGUUUGUGUGGAUAGAUGACCUCUUUAAUGACAAUGUAAAGACUCAGGAGGUCAUCUAUUCAUUCACACCAAAAGUCUUAAAUCAUGUUUUGUGCGGAUUAAAGGAGACCCUGCAAGGCAACUUCAUAGCAUGUUUUUUAGCAGUGGGUAGGUAACAAAAUGUUCGAUAUCAAUUAUUAUCUAUCAGCUGCUUGCAUCUGUAACUAUUAGUUUGAGGUCAUUCCCCUUAACAAGUUUUUGUAAAGCUUUUAUGCAUCCACUAAAACAUUUAAUAACUUAAUAAGAUAUCAUGCAAUUUAUCAUGCAAUUACCUAUCCAUAAAUUAGGUACAUUGUGCUGUAUCAGAGAACAACUACAGUGCAUCCACCUGCACCUCAAAACACAUGAGUAUAUAGAACUUUUUACACGGUUGUCAGCAAUUAAAAUGUUACUAAGGAUUUCAAACUUAGCAACUCGAGAGAUGGCAGGAAGUCUUUUGAUUUAGGGUCUGCAGGUCAAAUGAUAGUUUGCCAUUAUGAUUGUUGGAAGUACUACCAUCUACAAACACUAAUACACAUUGACAAACAAGGAAGAAAGUAAUUGCAUAAUGUACCUUUUUUUCCUUUAUUUUUUUUCUGCAGCUGGCAGUACAUUAGGCCUCCACUAUGAAUCAGUUAUAGAAGCAGGCCAACAUUUUCCAAUCGCAGUUAUUUGUGGUGAACACAGACUGGUUGAAACAAAAACUGCUAGAGUAGCUCUCCAUCUGAUGGACAACAGAAGCACAGGAACGUUUUGUUCCACGUCUUUGCUCCACGACAACCUUUCCCCCCGUGCUGGAUGAUAUAAAGAACACCCAUCAGCUCAGAGAGCUUCCCUUAGCAUACUUCGAUGGAGGCAAGGAUGGCACCUGUAGCCGUGAAAUGUCACUGAAGACUUACCCCGUGGUAACAGUAAACUGGGAAGCUCUGGAGGGGCUUCCUCAGGAUUAUAGCUAUGCUAAAUAUGAAUGCAAUUAAGUUCCAUAUCCAACAGGUUUAAAUAUUCAAACCAAUUAGUACUGGCAUUUCAACUAAUACCGGUCACAUAAUGUAUUGAGCCAACCAUCUGAAAGUUGAUAAUGCAGUCAUGAAAUUUUUCCUCUGUAACUUACAUAAUUAUUAAACGUUCAUAAUACAUUAUGCUGAAAUUAUCUAUUUUACACUGCUCUACGGACGCCCUCUUCCAACAGACACACUAUAUUGUGGUCUUCAGAAAUUAAAAGAAAAACAACCUAAUAUCGUUAACUUUUCAACAGGAUUGCCAGCCACUUGUAAUCCCCUUUGUUGUGGGGCCCAGAAGCCCCAGUGGACUCCAGGCCCAAUUAAAGGCUGAAGAAAGGCUUCAAGAGCAGCUGGCAAAUGCUCCCAGGGCCCUGGAAGCAUUAAUUGCCAUCAACAUCUGCACUGUUUCAAACCAGAGUAAGGAGAUAAAAGCACUUUUUGCAGAGGAAUUCAUGGACAUCAACGACAGGGUGCUGGAAAAUUACUCUCUCCUUUUGACAAUGAGAGUAGAAGUAAGUGGCCACCAUUAG